CACUGAGCAAAAUGGGACUGAAACAGCAUCAGAAACAUUUGACACAUACGGAUUGUUGUGCUGUCCGACAAGACAAAUGAAUUUGCAUAACUUGUGACAUAUUGGCGAUUUAUUGGCUGACUUGCGUUCGACUGCUGGAGUCAGACCUAAAGAGCGGAUAUCUGUUCGACAUUUGGAAGCCGCAGCUUUGCCGUUUAAUCUUCCAUGAAAUGUUAAUGUAACGGAGACCUCAGCUUAUCGACACAGGAACAAACAACGCUAAAAGGUAACUGCUUCAUCCCUGAAAUUGUCGCAAGAAUUUAAUUCAAGGAUAUUUCUCGUCGUCAGUGCCCAAGAUGAAUGUUGCUCUGGAAAGUUUCGUCAAAACGCACGCCGAGCAUUUCGUUCAACAUCGUCGAAGAAUGCUAAUGGAAAUCGAAAAAAUAAUUAAUCCAUUAUUGGCGGAAGUUAAGAAAAUUGAUGCGAAGUUUGAUUUCGAGUUGAUCAGUCCUAAUAGCCUUUUUGUCGUGAAAUCACCAAGCCACUUCGAAAUGCUUCUAAUUUUUCAAGGAAUAGACCCCGGCGAGAUUUCUAUCGAGGACGGACAAACUCCCGCGGGUUUUUCGCUAGCAAGGCUGACCGGCAAAAAGAUGGUUUCUCGCUGGAAAUUCUGCAGUGGAAACAGCAAUCCCAGCAAAGUCUAUAUGUCGGCGAAAAUUGUUAAAGAGAAGCUUUUCGAGCUUGUUAAACGAGUGGUUAACGAUGAACCCAAUAGCAGACAACAGGAAGGGAAGGUUAGCAUUGCUGUCAACGAAGCCUGCGACGACAAUACAAUUUCACUGCUGGUUAGCGGACACGAUGCGGAGCCAUUCAGCCUCGCUCUCGUCCCAGCGAUUCCUUGCCCUGGACGCUGGGUAUUUUCUGCGCACGCGUGGGAAUCCAAGCCAGCUGAUUGGGCGAACAGGAAGUUAAAAGAGGAGUUGAUACGAAGCGGUAUUCACCUAGUUGCCAGACCGUCGCCUAGCAAGUCAGGCUAUCAGUGGGAAAUUGACUUUCCAGGGCCUAUGAGAAAGCUGCUGCAAUUGGAUAUGGGCUGUCGCACAAAAUGUCUUCUUAUCCUUGAAAUCAUCAUGGAAAACAUGCAGUCCAGUAAAGAAAGAUGCGAUAGUUUUCAAUUAGAAACUCUUGUUAUGCACGUAACUGAGAAAUUUCCCAUCAGAUCCUUUUGGAGCGAUGAAAAGCUCUCCAAACGUUUCCUGGACAUAAUGAAAGAGCUACAACGGUGUCUUGCAGAAAGAAGUCUGGGCCAUAUUUUUCUCCCCAACGUAAACUUGUUUCGAGACGUGGACAAACUUGCUUUGGAGAGCUGGGAGGAAGGUGUUAAUAAAGUCUUGAGUGACCCGGAAAAAUUUCUCAACACAUUUGAACUAUUCAAGUACACCACUUCUCUGUAGACCGGGAAAAUAAACUUGAAAGAUAGCGAAAGCUGAAUAUUUCAGUACUGUAUACUGUAAAGGGUUUUAAAUAUGGCCCAAAAGUCAACGGACUUAUCUUCGCUAAGCUUUGCUGCCCCCUCGAUUUUUGAUUUGGCAUCUUUGCAAGCGGUUAUCGAGUUACUGAAAACUUUGGAGCCUUGUAAAACAUGUCAAAGGAAUUAGGGCACGAAAAGCACUCAACACGUCCUAUCCAGUUUUCCAGAUUAGAAACAUAAAUUCUCCCAACUUGUUGUGAAGCAAAAAGUUAAUAUUGCUUAUAAGAAUUUGAUGUUGCAUAAA